CAGAAGCUCCAAGCAGUCGAGUCGGCAGGCGUGAAAUAAAGAAACGGGGACUGUAGGACCCACCUUGGGCUGUUUUGUCUUUUUAAGUCUUAGGGGCCUGGAUAAGCAAAUCGAGUCGUGGAAAUAGCGGCCCCCCCAAAACGAAAAUAUCAAUCCCCAAAAACCCUGAUAAAACCCUCGACGCGCCGAAUCAGAAGCCUCAAUCCACCGCGUCAAAGCCUGUCGCCGGAAACGAAAAAAAGAAGUGAGGAUGGUUCUAGGGCUCAGACAAUUCUCGCAGCGCACCGGCGACGGCGCCGGAGAGCCGAUCCUCGAUGCCGAUAACGGCGAGGAGCUCAUGCACGUUCAGCCCGGCGUCGCCAUCGUUCUCGGCGGUCGCACUCCUGAAGCUCGCGGCACUCUUUACAUCUCAACUCAUCAAGUUAUAUGGUUGAGCGAUGUGGACCGGAACAAGGGCUACGCCGUGGAUUUCUUGUCCAUCUCGCUUCACGCGGUUUCGAGAGACCCUGAAGCUUACCCUUCUCCUUGCAUUUAUGCACAGAUUGAGAUUGAAGUGGAUGAAGAGGGGGCUGACGGCUCAGAUUCAGAACAUGAUGAAACUUUAGACUUGUCAAAGGUUAAAGAGAUGAGGCUUGUUCCUUCAGAUCCAAACCAAUUGGACACUUUGUUUGAGGUAUUCUGUGAGUGUGCCGAGCUGAAUCCCGAGCCCUCAGAAGAAGAAGGGGAAGGAGGAGGGCAUGAUUGGAUUUUUAGUGCUGACUUAAUGGGGCAUGAGGCUGGAGAAGGAGAAGAUUCUGAUUGGCAUUCCAAUCCAACAACCUCAAUUGGCUAUUCUAAUGGCGAGCAUGAGCUUGCUCAAAAUGUGCUUGAGCUUCAGAUUCACGAUCAGCGUUUUGAGGAUGCUGAGGAGAUGGAACAUCGAGAGAGCAAUAGCGGACAUCACUGAUAUCUGUCACAUAUUGCGCUACAGAGUUCACCAUUGUCCAGUGUAUGGUUAUUGUGGAUGCUGAUGUAGAUGUAACAUAGUUUUUUUUAAUCAUUCUGAUGAUGGACAUUUUUAACCCUUUGCUUUUGUUUUUGUUUACUUGGCUAGUCCAUGUAACUUAGGUGCUGUUAUCUUUUGUCUGAAAGCUAGUUGAUUGUUUUGAGAAUAGCAGACGUCAGCGCCAUUUAUCACAUAUUGGGCUCCUGAGUUAACCCUUGUCCAGUAUAUGGUUUUCAUGGAGUGUUUAUGUGGACGUAAUAGAAUAUUUAUUCUUAAUUAUGUUGCUGAUAGACAGCAUCUUAAUGUUC